AUGACAAGGGGUAACCAGAUAUGUGUUGAUGGUGACAGUAAAGAACUUACUCAGAGUUUGCGGGAUGGGAAGAGCAACUUAAAAACAGGAGUUGCUGGUGAGGGUGACGAAGUGAAAUGUAAUGGAGUAGCUGAAGAAGUUAAGGUUGGAGAGGGAGGGAACAGGGAAUCCUCUUCCGUGCAGUAUCAGUCUCAAGGGGCAAUUAUUUGUUGGGAGAGGUUUUUACAUAUUAGAUCCCUUAAAGUCUUGCUUGUGGAGUAUGAUGACUGUACUCGCCAUAUUGUCACUGCAUUGCUUCGCAAUUGUAGCUAUGAAGUUAUUGAAGCAGCAAAUGGAUUGCAAGCUUGGAAGAUUUUGGAGGAUUUAACCAAUCAUAUUGAUAUUGUUUUAACUGAGGUGGCAAUGCCUGGCUUAUCAGGCAUUGCUCUUCUAUACAAGAUUAUGGGCCACACAACACGGAAAAAUGUUCCAGUAAUUAUGAUGUCAUCUCAUGACUCUAUGGGUUUAGUCUUUAAGUGUUUGUCAAAGGGUGCUGUCGAUUUUCUAGUUAAGCCCGUACGGAAGAAUGAGCUUAAAAACCUGUGGCAGCAUGUUUGGAGGAGAUGUCAUAGUUCUAGUGGGAGUGGCAGUGAAAGUGGCACACAAACCCAGAAAUCUGUGAAAUCAAAGAGUCUUGAGAAGUUCGAUAAUAAUUCGGGAAGCAAUGACGAGCAAGAUAAUGGAAGUUUAGGCUUAAAUAAUGGGGAUGGAAGUGACAAUGGUAGUGACACUCAGAGCUCCUGGACCCAACGAGCUGUAGAAGUUGACAGUCCUAAAUCUGGCUCUCAGUGGGAUCAGAUAACUGAGUGUCCCGACAGCACUUGUGCUCAAGUUUUUCAUUCCAAUGCUGAAAUAUGCAGGGCCAAGGUGGUUCCUCCGGUCAUAAAGGAACAAAUAGUUGAAAUUGCAGGUUCAAAACAUAUUAACACACUUGAUGUAGGCCCCUCUAAAUUCAAUGAGCAAAUUAAUAGAGGACAGCAGGAGCUUAAUUGUGAGAAUCAAUCUGGCAAGCUAAGAUGCAAAGGGCUUUCAUUAUCUGAUGGUGUUAUUAGCACUUCUGAUUCACAAAUGCGAAGUGGAGAAACUGAAACUCUAAAUAGAAUACCCAAGUCCUCAGAUAUUUACAACAAAGGUACUAAUAAUGACGAGGAGUUGCCAUCUCUUGAGCUCAGUUUAAAGAGGCCUAGAGAAGUUAAAGAAGCUGGUAACACCAUCAGUUUAAAGAGGUCUACAAGUCAGGAUGAACGGAAUGUUUUAAGACGUUCUGAUCUGUCUGCUUUCACAAAGUACAAUGCAGCCCUUAAUGCUAAGAAGUCUCCUACCAGAUGUGUUGGAAGUAACUCUCCACAUAAUAACAGCUUAGAAGUUACAAAGAAAGAUUCGUCUCUUGAUGUUCAAUCUCAUUCUAGUGGCAAUCCUCCGAACCAGAACUCAAAUGGUAGCAAUAACAUCGAUAUGGGUUCCACUACUAAUAAUACUUUUACCAAGUCUGCAGUUAUAAGUGAGCCAGCAGUGGCAUCAAAAACCAAAUUUGUGUACAAAACAUCUGCUUUCCAGCCCAUAAAGAGCAGCCUCUUGCGUACUUCUCAACAGGUCGUCUUGCAUAAUAAUGAAGAUACGACAACAACGAUGCUGGCACCACCUAAAAUUGACACUAAUAAGGGUUCUGCUACUCAGGAUUUCCAUUACCAGUAUGAAAACCACAACAAUGUUGCUAACAUGCAGCAUCAGUUGCCACCUGAGAAUGAUGCUGAAUCUUUAAAGAAAAUGACUGAUGUUGCUCCACACUGCGGUGGGUCAUCAAAUGUGGUUGAAGUGUUAGUUGAAGGUUACAGUAUCAAUAGAAGUGCUUCAGGCAGCAACGUUGAAAGUAAUGGACAAAAUGGGAGAAGCACUGCAAUUAAUGCUGGAGGAACAAAUAUAGAAAGCAACAAUGGACUCGCUGGGAAUAGUGGUAGUGGUGAUGCUAGUGGGAAUGGAAGUGCCAACAGAGUAGACCAAAACAAGAAUUCUCAAAGGGAAGCAGCCCUAACUAAAUUUCGCCAAAAAAGAAAGGAGAGAAAAGAGAAGUGCUUUCAUAAACAGGUUCGAUAUCAGAGCAGGAAGAAAUUAGCUGAACAACGACCGCGGUACCGUGGACAAUUUGUGCGACAGUCUUCAAACAAUGAAGCAAGUGAGGCAACAGAUAAUUAA